GGAACAAAACAGGGUUUAUAACAUUACAAAGAGACGGUUUUAAGUAGUUUGGCUUGUAUAUAUGUGAAAAGGAUAUACUAAGUGAACACAUUAUUUAGUAGACACAGUAUCCGUUUGGAUCGUCAAUAUAACAUAGACAUGAAUAUACACAAGUAAUAAAUAAAAAAACAAGUAAAGAAUGGAAGAGAAGACUCUGGAAGAAUUCCAACCACAAUACAGAAAUGGUCCAGAGAUCGGUGCAACAGAGAAGACAAAAGAGGAGAAGAUACAGGAGAUGAUAAAGGACGAUGAACAUGACCAGGAAAUACAAUGCUCACGGGGCAAGAACUUGUUGGAACAGGUGGACCAGACCUUGGAGAAGGAAGAAAAUAUUCGGAACAACGCUGUUUUGGAUGAGUCAGGAAUCGUAGACUUAUUACACAGCAUGAACGUUGCUGCAGACUAUCCCCAUGUUGGUCGCUUUGACAUUGGCGUCGCACCUGACAAAGAAAAAAAGGAGAAGAAACGUCAUCGAUGGCACAUUGAACUGCACACCGACGUCAGGCGGAGGCAUCCCAUCGUAAAAUCUGAACCAAGACACGCCCGUUUAAGUGUUUCAGACCUGGCGACAAUCUUAAGGGAGGAAACCUCUGGAACCACGUCAGAGUUUGUCCCCGUCACUGGAUUAUACACGUCAGUGAAGAAUGGGGUGCUUCAAAAUGAAAACGUAUCGUAUCAGUGCAUUACAAUGAUGGAAGACUAUAAAGAAUUAUCCUUAGAGGAAUUGCGAUCCGAGGACUACUUGUUUAACAGAGGGAAACCAAAGCCGCCGACGGGAAGAGAAACGUCGUUAAUUAAAAGGCUCCAAGAAGGACGUGUAACACUGAGACGUUUCCCAGAAGUUGUGAAAUUUGAUCCACUAACUGGCCAGGGCACCAUGGUUAUAAAUGGACAAACAAAGCUCAUCAACACACAACAUUACUGUAUCACUGCCAUGGCGGAGUAUUCAAACACAAGUUUGGAGGAGCUGAGAGUCAAAGAUUAUGAGCGAUGGCUAGGUCAACCCUAUCUUCCGCAAGAAGAGACGAUAUGGCCUCGAACUGAAACAGAAAUGGCAACCGACACAGAAUGUUUGCCGAAUACAUCGACAUCAGUGGCACCAUCGAUGAUACAUUAUGGAAAAUCAGGGCAACCUGAUGGCGCGGAAACCAUUUGCACAAAAUAUCUUGAAGAUCGCUGUAAGGACCCAACCUGCCAAUUUCUUCAUCCGGAUCAGAAAUUGCCGUAUAUGUGGCAAAUAAAUUUGGCAGAUAAAAGUUGGGCUAGUUUGCCCAUGAAUGUGAAAAUCGAGGAUAAAUUUUGUGCCAGUGCAGAUAGAACGGAAAUAUAUAAUAUCAAUGUAUUGAACAAGGAAGUAGUGUUCCAGAUUCAAUUCAAAGCGAACCUCUUUGCCGUUCAGGCUGGAUCUAGCCUGCCGGUUGCUGUUCGUCGUUUGUCAACACAAGAUUACACCCUUGAAAAAGACGUUUGGGAAACCCCAAACAAAUUUGAUACACAAUGGAGAUGGUUUUGGCAGGACGACGAGGACGAAUGGAAUAAGUUUACACCUGACUUGUUACAGCAAACGUUAGAGAUAAGAUAUCGAACUCAACAAACUGAACAACGAUACUAUAGCUUCUUUCUUGAAGAUGGGACCUACUUAUAUGAUGUGGACUUGCAGCAGAUGACACAGACAAAUAUUGUCACCAGCAAGACACGAGAACUUCGAAGACGUCCUUUGCUCGUUAUGCCUAACGACAUUAUUUAUCAAACUGGACCCGAGUCACUCUCACUUAUUGAACCGAUGCAGGCAGAUAUUGAAACACCGCACCACUGGUCACCACAGGACAGUAUCCACUCCUUUGAGCUUGUAAGAGUGUCCCAAGGUCAAGAAUACACAACUGUGGCAGCCAAGUUCUUUGAAACUAUGUCAAGGGAUGACAUACAUAAACCUGCUAUCUAUAGAGUUCAAAAUCUUGACCUAUGGAGUCAAUACAUUAGCAAACGAAAAAGUAUGCAGAUCAAGGCAAAACGACGUGGAAGAGAUAAAGAUCUUGAAAUACGAGAGCUGUUUCACGGAACGGACACUUUAGAAGCAGCAAGAGGAAUAUGCAUCCAUAACAUUGACCCCCGCGUUUCAGGAAAACACGGCACUGCUUUCGGACACGGUGCCUACUUUGCCAGAGACGCUUCCUACAGUGACAGAUACACAACGGGAGGGUCAAGAUUCGUGUUUCUAACGUCAGUUCUCGUCGGAGAUUACACAAGAGGAAAUAAUGACCACAGAAGGCCACCGAGCAAACCAGGAACCAUGCAUGACCUUUUUGAUACAUGCGUUGAUUCUAUUACUGACCCCGCUGUCUUUGUUGCGUUUGACAGAGCGCAGUAUUAUCCGGGGUAUCUAAUUGUGUACAAACAUUGGCGAUGAAUUUAAAUUACUGGAAUUUGUAUUUCCAACUCGAACGCUUUGAACAGCUAAGGACUGAAUGUGAUACAAACACUUUUACCGCUUGAACAAUACUGUAUAUUAUUCUAUUUUUUUUUGUCAUGUUUCUGAUUUGAGUGGCAUUCUUCGUUUGAUCUGAUAACAUUUAAAUGGUAGCUUUUCGGUUAUAUUAGUAUCCAAACUGGUUUAGUAAAGUACUCACAAUGGGUGAAUGCAGUUUCGCAUCUCAACCGGAUGUUUUGACAAGUAACAUUUUGCAGCGGGAUGUGUAUAUAAUAAUGUAAAGGUAAAUGCUGCUGACCCAUAGUUUCAAUGAUUCUACAUAGUUGAUGACCCGAGAUGACCCAAAUUCAAACUGGCCCUAAAUAUCAUGAGAAAUAUACUGAAUUUAUUUCCUGAAGAUUGGAAAACCAUUGUUGAAUUUGUAAUAGAAUAAAAAAAAACCUUGAACACAAAGUUUUUUCUUAAUAUUUGACCUAAAGAUCUAGUUUUUGACCAAAGAAAACCUAUAUUUACAUUGCUCUUAAACAUCAUAUUGAAAAAAAUUCUGACUGGGUUUCAUGAAGAUUGAAUAAAUGCUGAAGAAUACAUGAAGCAUUUAUGUUUACCUAGUCGUUUUUUUACCUGUCGUGAGAUAAACCAUAUAAACACUGGACCUUAAUGCUUCCAAAUAAUAUCCAGGAAACAAAAUCAAAAUUUUCUUUACCUCUUAAAGGAUAUGGAGAAAUCUGAGCAAUCUAUUUUUGUGUAUUUAUAAAUUUUGGUUAUUGAAUAAAUAUAAGUGUUCUUUUCAAGAACUUGCUCACUUAUAAAAUAAUUUGUAAUUUAAUAUUUAUAUUUUUGUGUAGUUUUUCAACAACUAUCUUUUGGAAAAUAUCCAUCAGAAAUGACAUGUUGUAAAUAUGCUAUAAUUAUGUGGUUCUGAUUAUAGUGUGAAUGCAUAUAAAAAAUCGACAUAUCUAGGUACAUAACAUAAAUUUCGAAUAAUUCGGUGUAUACUAAAUAGUAUUUGAUUACAGCUCGGACAAUGAACACGAACGCCGUUGGAAAUAAGAACCUGCACCUAUGCAAAACUAAACGGGUUAUCCUGCGCAAAUGUCAUCAAAAUUGUUAAAAUGAAUUUGUUACUAAAUCAUUUAGCUUUAUCAUUUAUAUAUCAUUCAUCUAAAGUAAUUCAUAUUCUAGUAGUAUGUUUUAAUUUAUGUUAACUUUCUGUGAUAUAAGUCAUACAACUGCAAACUGGUAUUUGGUUGUUUUGUUGUAAAAUGUACUGUUAUACUAUGAUGUAAUGACAUUGCAUGCAUAAAUCUACUCACUGCUUAUGCUAAUCUGUUAUCAUUUACCAGGUUGGUGCCUCAUGGAUACAAGUAAGUCGGCCGAACACGAGAUGUUCCAUUUAAAGGGGCUCAAAAUAGGUUGACGCUAACAUUUGUUUUUGAUUUUAAUGCAGUAGUAUGUAGUACUCCUGUUAUAAUCAAAACCAUGUAAAGUAUAUGAUUUGUGCACAGAUAAAAUUAUAAGCGAUAGGUUGGAGUUUUUUUAGCUGUGAAUAUAAUGUCGACGUAGCUAUAAAAGAUAUCAAAGAAGUACACAAAUCAUAUGUUUUGUGUAUUUGGUUUUGUUUUGAUCAUUGAAGUGAAAUGUGUUUAACAUGAUUAAUUCAUUAAAAUAAAAAAAUAAAGAUUU